UCCCUCCCUCUCUCUCUCUCUCACUCUCACUCUCUCUCUCACUCACUCUCUCGUACCCGUUCGGAUCGAGGGGACAUGCACUGCUCGGAGUUACGGCGACGUCCAAGACCACAGUCACGUUUGUUAACCCAGUUGACGGGAAUCCAGAGAUUGAAGAACCUGCACAAUGAAUCUCAUCCGUCUAUUCUGCCGGCAUAAAACAGCACUGGGCGUAGCGAGCCUGUCUCUGUUCGCCCUGAUGUUGCUCUAUUUGGCGAAGUGCACCUCAGAGACUUUGAAAUCUGGAGACUCCGAUUUGCCCCACGAUGUAAAGCGACAAGAGAAGGCCAGAGAUCACAGCAGCCAGAAGGAGUUCUCGGCCUUCCUAGUGGUGCUAAUCACCACAGGGCCCAAGUUCACCGAGAGGAGAAGCAUCAUCAGGAGCACGUGGCUGGCCAUCCGGGACUCCCAGGUCCUCUGCCGCUUUGUCAUAGGCACCAGCGGGCUCUCGGCCGAGGACCUUCACAACCUGGAGCGAGAGGACACUCGCUAUCGCGACCUGCUGCUGCUCCCGGACCUCAAGGACUCCUACGAAAACCUCACCAGCAAAAUCCUCCACAUGUACGCCUGGCUAGACCAAACCACUGACUUUAAAUUUGUGCUGAAAGCCGACGAUGACACUUUUGUGAGGCUGGACGUCGUGAAGGAAGAACUUCAGGCGAAAGAGCCGAGGAGGCUGUACUGGGGCUUUUUCUCUGGGCGAGGGAGAGUCAAAUCCUCCGGCAAGUGGAAGGAGAGCACGUGGGUGCUGUGCGACUAUUACCUGCCCUACGCCCUGGGCGGUGGGUACGUCCUCUCGGCUGACCUGGUGCACUACCUCCGCAUCAACGCCGAUUACCUGAAGAUGUGGCAGAGUGAGGAUGUGUCCCUGGGCGCCUGGCUGGCACCGGUGGACAUCAAGCGGGUGCACGACCCUCGAUUCGACACGGAGUACAAGUCGCGAGGCUGCAACAACAGGUACAUCGUGACCCACAAGCAGAGCAUCGAGGACAUGCUGGAGAAGCAGCAGACGCUGCUACGGGAAGGGAAGCUGUGCAAAGAAGAAGUGAAGGUGAGACUGUCCUACGUUUACGAUUGGUACGUUCCACCGUCUCAAUGCUGCCAACGGAAAGAUGGCAUCCCCUGACACUUGGAUCGCUUAGUGUUAGACAGAAGCUGUCAAUGCUGUUAGGGUCUCUGUAUAGGAUUUAAGAACAUAUCGUGCAUGUUCUCUCGGAUACUCCUCUCCGGAACGACACUACUCCAGUAGCUCAUCCGUGGCACUGGCUUGCGGUGUUUCCUCACGCAGGUUUCCGUUCAGCAAGACAAACCGAAAAACACUGCACGUUCAAACCGGUAUUUUAUACGACCGUGUUAUUCAGAGAAGCACACCGGCUGCUAUUCCUUCUGAUCACUGCUCGGUUCACUGUACGCCUACAUUUGAUUUGACUUGUCACUCGCGCACCUGACCCCAGUGGGUGCCUUUUAAUCUGAAUCACCCAAACCCAAAGUCUUGUCUAGUUCUCUUGAUUUAACUCAUUGAGAGAAAGACCGCUGUUCUGAAAGGUGUUCACAGGUGGGUUUAGUGUAGGCCUAUGGGUGUCGCUGUCUAUCUCUCCCCCACCCCCCCUCCCCCUCUCGAAACCGCACCCACAUUGUUGGAACUGGCUGUUUAUUUGGGGUAAAAGUGUAGUCGGACUGAUUCCAACUCCGGCCACACAUGUGUAAUGUGAGUCUCUUUUGAGAAGCUGACUGUAAGCUGGUCGAUCAGUUGCCUUUAUUUUCAAAGAGAGUUUGACAAGGUCUGGAAAAGAUCAGGAAGACUGGAAUCGGGGCACAAGUCACCAGGCGGAUUGAAAACCGGAUACUCUAUUGGUGCUCUGGGACGGCGAACCUCAAGCCCUUUGUCUAAACUGAGGCCCGACCCGAUUGAGAGUGUAAACGCACGAGAAAAGGUACAGUGGAAGCAUAUCCCACGGAGGGCAGCCCCUACACUCAGCGAACUGACGUGAUACUUCUUUUUGGGGGUACAUCUUACUCUUGUCCAAUUAAGCUGCAAAGAGUUAAGAUGUACCCCCAAAACUCGCUGCUUAUUGAUCACACUACUCGGAAGAUUGAUAGCAACCUUUUCAGGUGGAAUGCCCCCAACGCUUAACCGUGGUGAUUUUCUCGCUGUCUAAUUGUCACCCUUACCGCACGUCCUUGAUGCUUAUUGAUUUUUACCCUCUCGGUAAUCGCGCGCUCAAUAAAGCCUAACAUUUGUUCAGGCGAAAACGUUUCAGGAAACUCUGUAAGAAUUUAAAUUAUUGUCAGUUAAAGUUGAAUUAAGUUAUUGAUCAGACUUUUUUUUUCCAUGUUUCAAUUCACAGGAAAGAUUGUCAAUUCCUCAAACGUUUACCUGUGAGUGUUAAAUUCAUCCACUCCCUGCCCAAGUCUGUCUUAAGACAUACCUCUUUAACCACGCAUUCGGUCAUCUUUACCUUCCCCUCCCCCCAUCACCACUCUUUUUAUCUCUCUCUCUCUCUCUCUCUCCCCCUCGCCCCCUCUCCUCCAAAGGCUGGCCCUGAAGGCGGUCUAAUAAUUGUUGUAAUUAAUUAUCCUUGGAUUCAUAUGACAUUUCUGUCCGUAGACAGAGUGAUUGAGACUAAGCCAUCUGACCUGGAACGUUCUGCAGCAGUGAGGUAUUUUUGAGAUGGUGGAGGAGGCAGAUCCUUCUUGUUUAAGCAUGAAUUAAACUCCAGAGAUGGUUCUUUGUACUCCCCCCUCUAUAAUUGAAUUCCCUCCAUUUUAACUCAUCAUAACUGCUUUCCGGGAGGCAAUAAUCCCUGAAAAAAAAUGUCAGUGAAUCUAUGACUGUUUGUGGGGACGCUGCUGUGCGCAAUUGGCUGGCGCGUUUCGCCCAAAAAAUGCACAGUCACUACACUUGACAGUAUAUUCUGCGAAGCGCUUUGAGACGACUCAACCACAUGAUAAGGUGUUGCAUCAAAUGCAAGGAUUGUUAUCAUCUCAAUGCCAUUGAAGGCACAGCGAUAACAAAAUUACAUUUGCACAGCGCCUUUCACGUCAGGAGGACGUCCCAAGGCGAUCUCGUGUGUCUGAGGUGUGGGCUAAUACUGGCCAACACUUUUACUCGUACCUCAGCAGGGCACGACAUUCCCUAUUGCUUUGUAACAGAUGCCACGUUCCUCGAAGAAUGUUUGGAAUCCCUUCCGUGUGUUUGACGACCCAACAACACAACAGGACUCGUGCUGCGUUUAUACCAGUUUGUGCGAUGUGACCAGCGAUGUACUAUUUAUUUUAAAAAAGAUUUUUAAAGACGAUGCUGCGAUCCUUGCGGGAAGAAACUUGUAACGAGGAGACGUUUAAGUAUUGUACAAUUCCUGCGAUUCAAUAAAUAAGCGCAACUGGA